AUGCGCCGUUUCUCUUCGCGCGUGCUGCUGCAACAAGCAAAGCCACCGCUUCUUUCCGCCAGAGCGCCCCUCCCCCUCUUUGUUUCCCGCUCUCCUCAAGCUCCAGUCCCUAGACCAAUCUCUCGCCGUAAUCCUUCUCCGCUCUCACACACCUCCAAAAGAUACUGUUCAUACCGCAGAAUGUGCAGCUCACGCCGCGGCGAGGCCUCCGGGUCGACUAAUGUGCAGGGCCGAGAGGUGCUACCUACAAAUGUCAAGCCGCAGCAUUAUGACUUGACCCUUGAACCCAACUUUGAGAAGUUCACAUAUGAAGGAAUCGUCAACAUCGAUCUUGAUGUGGCCGAAGAUACCGAUUUCGUUUCCCUCAACUCCAACGAGAUCGAAAUCCACAGCGCAGUGGUUUCAGCCAAUGGAUCGGUGGUGGACUCAAAGCCCGAAAUCUCCCUCAACAAAGACGCCCAGACUGCUACGAUCAAGUUUGGACAGGCCAUUUCGGCGGGUUCCAAGGCCCAGCUGAAGCUCACCUUCACUGGUAUUCUGAAUGAUAACAUGGCCGGAUUCUACCGGUCCUCAUACAAGAAGGAUGGGGAGACCAAGUAUAUUGCUUCCUCGCAGAUGGAACCCACGGAUGCCCGUCGGGCCUUCCCUUGUUUCGAUGAGCCGGCUCUCAAGGCCAAGUUCACUGUGACUUUGGUCGCAGACAAGAGCAUGACCUGUUUGAGCAACAUGGAUGUUGAAACCGAGACCGAGGUUCAGGGUGGAGCAAAGAAGGCUGUCAAGUUCACUACUUCGCCGCUCAUGUCUACUUAUCUCGUUGCUUUCAUCGUUGGUCACCUCAACUACAUUGAGACGCAAAACUUCCGAGUUCCUAUUCGUGUCUACGCCACUCCUGACCAGGAUAUUGAACACGGCCGUUUCUCUUUGGAGCUCGCUGCUAAGACUCUGGCUUUCUACGAGAAGGCCUUUGACAGCGACUUCCCUCUACCCAAGAUGGACAUGGUUGCCGUCCCCGAUUUCAGUGCCGGAGCCAUGGAGAACUGGGGUCUCAUCACAUACCGCAUCGUUGAUGUGCUGCUAGACGAGAAGAACAGCGGUGCAUCCCGAAAAGAGCGCAUUGCUGAGACCGUUCAGCACGAGCUGGCUCACCAGUGGUUCGGAAACCUCGUCACCAUGGACUUCUGGGAUGGUCUUUGGCUCAACGAGGGUUUCGCCACCUGGAUGUCGUGGUACUCAUGCAACGUCUUCUACCCGGAGUGGAAGGUCUGGCAGACCUACGUUAUUGACAACCUGCAGAGUGCUCUCUCGCUUGACUCUCUGCGUAGUAGUCACCCCAUUGAGGUGCCCGUUAAGCGUGCCGACGAGAUCAACCAAAUCUUUGAUGCUAUCUCUUACUCUAAGGGCUCUUCCGUUUUGCGCAUGAUUUCCAAAUACCUCGGCGAGGACGUGUUCCUCCAGGGUGUCCGCAACUACAUCAAGAAGCACGCAUACGGUAACACUGAGACUGGUGACCUGUGGGCUGCUCUGGGUGAUGCCAGUGGCAAGCCGGUGAAGUCGGUUAUGGACAUCUGGACCAAGAACGUCGGUUUCCCCGUUCUGAGUGUUACCGAAAACAAGGACAACUCCUCUAUUCACGUGAAGCAGAACCGUUUCCUGCGCACUGGUGAUGUCCGCCCCGAGGAAGACCAGACUCUCUUCCCCGUGAUGCUUGGCCUGCGUACUGAGAAGGGUGUCGAUGAGAGCACCAUGCUCACUGAGCGCGAGCGUGACUUCCCCAUUCCGGAUCUGGAUUUCUACAAGCUCAACGCCGACCACUCGGCCAUUUUCCGUACUUCAUACAGCCCUGAGCGUCUCAAGAAGCUUGGUCAGGCUGCUCGUGACGGACGCUUGAGUGUCGAGGACCGUGCCGGUAUGAUCGCCGACUCCGGUGCCCUGGCGGCAUCUGGUUUCCAGCGCACCUCGGGCAUGCUGUCCUUGCUCCAGGGUCUCGACACUGAGUCUGAGUUUGUGGUUUGGAACGAGAUCCUCACCCGCAUUGGCACCCUGCGUGCGGCUUGGCUUUUCGAGAGCAAGGAAACCAAGGAUGCUCUCAAGGCCUUCCAGCGCUCGUUGGUUGCCAAGAAGGCCCACGAGAUCGGUUGGGAUUUCCCCGAGAAUGACGACCACAUUCUGCAGCAAUUCAAGGCUCUCAUGUUCGGCUCUGCCGGUAUGGCCGACGACCCUGUCGUGGUGAAGGCUGCUCAGGACAUGUUCGCCCGUUUCGCUGCUGGCGACAUCUCUGCUAUCCACCCCAACAUCCGUGGAAGUGUGUUCACCAUCGUCCUGAAGCACGGAGGCGUCAAGGAGUACGAGGUUGUUCUGGACCGGUUCCGCAACGCCCCCACUUCCGACGAGAAGACCACUGCUCUGCGCUGCCUCGGUUCCUCUGAGGAUCCGGCGCUCAUCCAGCGUACACUUGGCCUUGCUAUCAACGACGAGGUCAAGAGUCAGGAUAUCUACAUGCCCCUUGGCGGCCUACGUGGCUCCCCGGCUGGUAUUGAAGGCCGCUGGAACUGGCUCAAGUCUAACUGGGAUGACCUCUACAAGCGUCUGCCUCCCGGUCUCGGCAUGCUAGGCACCGUUGUUCAGAUGACCACCGCCAGCUUCUGCACCGAGGCACAGUUGAAGGAGGUUGAGCAAUUCUUUGCUUCCAAGGACACCAAGGGCUUCGACCGUGCUGUUGAGCAAAGUCUCGAUGCUAUCCGCGCCAAGGUCAACUGGCUUAAGCGUGACCGCCAGGAUGUUGAGGACUGGCUGAACAGCAACCGCUACCUGGAGAGCAAGCUCUAA